AUGGUGGUCCUAUCAGAUAGAGUGUUUUUCUGCGUCUUCUUCUACGCGACAGGCGCGGCUCAACUGGUGUUAUCCAGUAUUGAUGCACCAGCAGACGCGGCAAAAUCUCUUAAGCCACUAUCGGAUUUAAAUCCCGCAGAAUCUAGGAUUGCUAGUUUGCCCAUAGAAUCCACCAAGCCAAAGACGCUCGACCAGCACACGGAUAAUUGGGGUCAUCAUCACGAGUAUGGGACGAUUCCCCAGGGGGAGGAGGAAAGGAAGGAUGAGCUGCGAUCGAUGGUAAUUGAUCGUAAUCAGAUUGAGCGUCAGAUCGAGGGACUCAAGUCAAAAUCCUUUGACGGAUUCUCUCAAAUGCUAUUGGAGCUACAGACGCUUCAUCGUGGUCUUUGGACACCCACUAAGGAUAGAGUGCGCAAGAUGGGUGGUCUGGAGACUUCCCUCGAUUUCCUACCGCCCAGAUUGGAUGCUCAGCUCACCACCGCUCAAACUGAUUCCUCCCGAAGCACCAAGAAUCAUCGAAUCAAUCUUCCAUUUAUAAAACAUCUACGUAUUUUCAGGUCAAAGGAUGAGACAAGAGACGAUCCAGUUGUCUCCGAUGCGCUGCUCUAUAAGAGCAGUUUGCCUGCUUCAAGGACAACAGUCCCGAGCGAUACGUCACACCUUCUCUCAAGCAAACCCGGGGAACUCACCGAAGAUGGGACGAAAAGAAUGCCUACGUAUCUUGAGUUCGUUCUAAGACAAAGCAAAAUUCCCAUUGGCGACUUGAUCAUGCAGUCGGCUGAGAAAGAGUCACUUUGGGGACACGAUCCCACAGACUCUGAAAUGAUUGCCAGUUUAAACUCUUUACAAAAACGGAUUCAGGGAUUCAAAUCUGUUGACGGAGUGCCCAAGAGCACAGAAACAGAUUUUCAGCUUAAAUUCCUGGGAGCUGUCCUUCUCAUGAGGCACUACAUUCUUCAACACGAACUACUUCCAUCCGAAUUGAUCGACAGCGUUGAAAUCUUCAAGGCAAAAAGUAUUGCAGAGAUGGCCGAGCUCCAUGUGCAGCUGCUUUUCCGCAGGUGGGGGCACCAGUAUUUCGAUGCCGUUGGCUCGGUAGUCCCGGAGUUAGAUUUUUUAACAUCUGCCCCGGCGGUGGAACAACUUCACGGAUCCAUCAAGGCCCUCCCGGUUGGAGAUCAGGAACAGGUUGUCCGCACUGUUAUGGAUACUAUAAUUUCACAUGCACCAGAUCACUACCCUCCGGGAAGAAAGGCGAGUGAACGAUUUGACAAGAUUCGCGAAGCAUUUCGCCAGGUCGACUCUCUCGACCAAGGGCGAAUGAACCUCGCAAGGGAAGCAAACCACCAAGCAGAUUUCUCAAUAAAAUACCAACUCGUUUAUUACAUGUUGGAUCACCUCAACACUUUCUAUCACCCGAUCAAGGAGACAGUGAUACAACAGAGGGAGGAUCAUGAGCUUGUUCAAGAUCAACUCAAAUUCAUCAGUGUUUACCUAAAGCACUACCGGAACAAAUGUCUAGGUAAUACCUCUCGGGCCGACAUUUUUCAUACUUUGCGGGAAUAUCUGGUGAAGGCUAGAUCGGUAAAGCCGCAGGAUGCCCCCUUCCAUCGAUGGGUCCGUACCUCUUUUGCAGAGAUAUUCCCUAGCAAAGACUGCUUGGACCCCUCGGUACACACCUCGCUACACUUUAGCCAAAGGAUCAGCGCUUGGAUGACAUUCUAUAAACAGGACUUCUUUAUCGAGGAAAAGAAAAUCGCAGACACUGUGUGA